AUGCUUUCAUCACCAUCUGCGCCUGGUUUGUUGGUGUUCCGGUAUUUCUUGAACUCUGGAGAGUUCAAAAGCGGAAUUGUCGUCAAACCAAAUUGGAACUUGGCAUCUGCUCCAAGUCCAGGACCUAAACCCGUUUGGACAGGAGACAUCGACCCAGAAUUGAAACUGCUCGACGGUUGUAGCGACUUGGACGUCAACUUUAUUGCUGAGGGUGACAUCUCUUGGGAUCGUCUCAGUACGAGCUGUUCCUCGCCCCUUGAUUCUGCACGCAACGGUGAUGAAACGUAUUUUUUUGUAGGUACCUCCUCAUUCAUGCUCACGUCAGAGUCUUCCGUAGUCGGAACCUCCCAUCUUACCUUCUUGGUCUGCUUGAGUGUUCCUUCAGACAGCGAUCUGUUCUUCAAGGAUUUGCCGUUGGUGUCUAGUCGAUUAAGCUUCGCAAAUCCUUUAGUUAGAGGAGACGAAGAUAACCGUUUGGACGAUUUGACUGGGGUCCUUAUCACCUCGGGAAUCUCCAUCUUGCGCUGUUUCUCAGGAUUCAGCGAGAUAUCCAGUAAAAUAGCAGUCGCACGCUGUAGCGUUUCAAAUACAAAGUUGAACGAAUUGAAGUGCUUGACAGACCGAUCAAAGAUUAUCGAUGAAUCAAAGAGAAUUGACUUCUCCACCGAAUCCUUCAAAUGUGCAACGCGUUCCUCGAAGAGCUUGGUGUCAUCCUCUGUCCACGUGUCAAGCUCGCUUAACGAUCUCAGAAGAGAUGCUGAUGACUCUUUGAGGAUAAAGUCGAGCUCGUUCGGUUUGCCGUACUGUGCCUCGAGAUCUUUGAUCCAACUGUCUAUUUUUUUAACCAGUUCUUCACAAUAA